AUGCUCAAGCCCUUGCUCUGCCGCCAAUGGCCGAUACCCGGCUACCCUGCAGCGUCAGCCCGCAGAUUCUCGACGCAGACAAGCCAGCCAAUCAUCAAGAUAAAAGAUGCAACCUUCUUCAGACAUUAUCCAAUACCUGGGGACAGCCAGAAGGAGAAUCCUCCUCUCUAUCCCAACCUAAGUUUUGAACUAUUGCCUGUCGAUAAUGAAGCCAGCCGAUCUGACAGAGCCAGGAACUCCCAGAAACACCCCUUUUGGGCCGUGAUUGGAUCUUCUGAUAGAUCUGUUUUCCUAGAAAUACUGUGUGGUCGGCAUAUAUGCAUACCACCUGCAGCCAGGUCAUACCCCCUUCUCGCAACAGAGGAGAUCACCUUGAAGGAUCCACGCCUUCGAUUCCCAGGUCGUGCAAUCCGUUAUAUCGGGCUCAAUGGAGACGCAAAGAAGGACGCUGGAGGCGUCCGGGGUUCUUAUCUCAGUGCAAGAUACGAAAGCAGAAAAGAGGAGACAGACUUCACCGUUCUGCAGUUCCUGAGAGGGCAGACGUCUCUUAACCCUCUGGAGGGCACUGAAGACAUACCUUAUACACAUGGCAAGUUAUUGCACCAAGUAGUUGCCGACCUAGGGUUGCAAAAGUUACUGGAUAUGCCAUUGUCAAACCUGAGCAAUGGCCAGACACGACGGGCACGGAUCGCAAAAGCGUUGUUAGACAAGCCCGAGGUGUUAUUACUUGAUGAUCCGUUCAUGGGUUUGGAUCCUCCGACAGUCAAGGCGCUCUCCCCACUAUUGUUCAACAUCUCUUUACGAGGUUCGCCGCAAGUUAUUUUGUCUCUUAGACCACAGGAUACGCUACCUGAUUGGAUUACCCAUGUGGUUAUAUUAAAUAAGGACCAUACUGUAGCCCUCCAAGGAGAAAAAUGUGACGUGCUUAAUCAUCUGGAGAUAUGGAAGGCUGUUGCGCAUCGGAAGUUGAAUCCAAUGUCAGGCAGAGAGCAACUCCUUCCAAGAAAUAAGGAUGAAGAAAAGCAGUAUACUGCAUUCUCCGCCCAAGACCGUUUGAAAUAUGAUCAGGCAGAGAUGUUAUUCAAAGAACACCGGUUUGAAUCUGAAACAGCUCUGCUUCAUGAUCUCGAGAUAAUGUCAAAGCCUCCCGACUUCGGGCUAAAACGCACCAAGAACUAUGGAGAACCAAUUGUCGAAAUGGAAGGUGUCAGGGUAUUAUACGGUGAAAAGACUGUCCUCGGAGGCUGGGACCAAACAAUUGAAGGAAAGAAAAAGGAGGGCCUAUACUGGGAGGUUCGCCGUGGCCAAAGAUGGGGUGUCUUUGGACUGAAUGGGUCGGGGAAGACAACGCUGUUAUCCCUUAUAACAUCAGAUCACCCGCAAGCAUACUCCCUUCCGCUCCGUCUGUUUGGCCGAUCAAGGUUACCGGAAGCUGGUAAGCCUGGCAUAUCACUGUUUGACCUCCAGUCACGCAUUGGACACUCUUCGCCUGAGGUACACGCAUUUUUCCCUCGAAGCUUGUCUAUAAGGGCAUCGGUAGAGUCCGCCUGGGCAGAUACAUUCCUGUCAAAACCGAAACUUGAUCAGAAGAGACGCCUUGACGUUAUUUCCGCACUAAAAUUUUUCGAAGCAGACUUGAACGCAGAGUUUCUGCUUGGAGCUAACCAUGAGGCUCAUGAUCCUUCGGUUUCUUGGGCUGACAACACCCUCUUCUCGUCCUUGGAUGUGGCCCAGCAGCGUUUAGUCCUAUUUCUACGUGCUGUCGUCAAUAAGCCCGAGCUGAUUGUUCUCGACGAAGCCUUUUCUGGAAUGCCUAGAUCCUUGAGAGACAAGUGCCUACACUUCCUCGAAGCUGGAGAAACAUUAGAAGAAAGUACCGGUUCUCGUCGAGUACCUGACUUCAAUAUGUGGCAUCUUCCUCGCCUGCAAAGCCACGCGAUGAAUGAGGCCAGACAUCGAGGACUGUCUGCAUCUCAAGCUUUAAUUGUCAUCAGCCAUGUCAAGGAAGAAGUUCCAGAUGUUGUCUCGCACUGGAUGAGGCUGCCUACAGGGUCAGAGAAUGAUAGAGGGUUAGUAGGACGUGCCAGCACUGGAACUUCAUCAAACAGCUUUAGAAUCGGUACUUUGAAGGAUAACCAAACGAUUCCUGGGGAUGCGUGGGAUGAAAUUUGGGCAUAA